AUGCAGUAAAAAAUCAAGGAAGUCUUCACUGAGCAAAUCGUGAACUACAACAACUUCACCAAGGAAGCUUACAAGCUAGUAAGAAACAAGGGUAAGAAGCUAGAAAUCAUAGCCUAGAUCGAGGAGAAAAUCAGUCAGGGUAAAAAGAUCAAUGAAGACUAGAGAGAAAAACUCUCGCAAAAAGAGAGUCUAAGUCAGAGUGUCAAGUAUUAUCUAGAAAUCUUGGACCUCUACAGACAAGAAGUUGAAAAAUCAACUUAACAGUAGGAUAAGCCAUAAGAUAUUGAAGCAGGUAAUAAGCAAGAGGCAACAAUGACUCAAGUUUAGAAUGUCGCGGAAGUUUAGUUGGAGCAACAACAAAAAUCAGCAUUAGACAAUGAAGCAAAUGUCGUUGAAUAUUCAAUCUAACAGCAGCCAAAGUAAUAAUCUUAGCAAACUAGCCAGGGCAAUUCUCAAAGCAGAGUGCAUGAGCCAAUCCAAUAAGUUAAAUUAUUGGUAAAGGAUCACACUAGUGUAGAAGAAUCAGUCAAGUUAGCAGUUGCUUUCUAUGUCAUUAGCUCUAACAUUCAAGGUUUGCAAUGGUACUCGUAGACUCAACUGAAGGAUUAGGAGUUGGUUUAGGAUCUUAAUUUGUUCUUUAGACAUAUGACCAACAUCUCGAUCAAUCCUUAAGAUUUGACUUUCGAAGCCAGAAUCAAGAGAGCCACCGAUGAAUUGACCAAAAUAGCCACAGACUAACUAGACUCAAAGAUAUCUUCAGUUAAUGAGGAUGUUUCACAUUCCGAUAUGAAGAAAAUUAUUUAGAGAGUUAUUUCAAACAAAGAACUCAAGGAGGCACCGAUUCUUUAAUUGAUGUAUCUUCCAAUGAUGCUUCAAACUCAAAUUCAAUCUGCUAGUCCCAUGCUAUCACAGAUUCAGCUGCCAACUCAAAAUUUCAUCCUACCUACUUAAGUUUAAGCAAAUCCCUAAGUUUAAAAUUAAGAAUAAUCUAGAGAAACUGUAUCUUAAAACUAAUAAGUCCAGUCACAAACAACUGUUGAAGCUUAGACAAAUUCUAAUCAACAGAAUAUAAGUCCUCAAAGAGAGUCUCAUCAUUUGAACGUCUAGAAUCAAUCACCCAAGAAAGAUAUGAGCAAGAGUCCCAUGAGACAACCAGGUGCCAUUGAGUAAGUUGCUGAUGUCAAGAAGAAUCUUUUGUUGCAAGACUGGAACGAUGAUGGUGAUGAGGAUGAUGAGGACGAAAAUGAUGAGAUCGGCGAGAGAAGAUUUGGAGAAGGAUUGAAAUAAGAUGAGGAUCAACAUGAGGAUGAUUAUGAUGAGGAAGAAGAACAACCAGUAAAGGUUCAAGGUGAUGAACCAUCUGCAUAAUAGGUCGAGCAAAAGGAUAAACAAGAGCCUGAGCAAGAAGAUGUAUUAGUAGAUAAAGCAGAGCAUCAAGCAUUUUAAAAUAAAACCUACUAUGAUAGAGGAGAGUACAGAGGAAGAGGAGGUAAUUAUCGCGGAAGAGGUGGUAAUUUCAGAGGAAACAGAGGUGGUUACAAUAAUAACUACAAUUAUAGAGGUAGAGGCAAUUAUGAGUAAAGAGAGUAAAGAGGUGGCUAUGAUAAGCCUUAUCAAAAGAGGGAUUAUAGAUAUUAAAAAGAUCAAGCACCUGAUUAAGAUUAAGAGGUUCAAGAAAAUUAAGUCAGAGAGAGUCAAGAGGAGGAGAAGCAUACUGGCGACAAUUAAGAGAGACAAUACUAAUAUAAAUAAAAUAGAGGAGCUUAUAGAGAUAACAGAGGAGGCUAUAGAGAAGAUAGAGGUGGCUUUAGAGAAAACAGAGGUGGUUACAGAGGAAGAGGUAAUUAUCAAGGUAAUGAAGAGGAUCGAUCCGAUGGAAACGCCUUCUAUAGAAACAAGUAAGAUUCAAAAGCAAUUUAACCUAUUAGUAGAGGAGGCGACUUCAGGGGUAGAAGAGAUAAUAGAGAGUAUGCUGCUGAUAACUAAGAGAUAGUUGAACUCAAAGAAGAUAUCUCAAAGGGUGGAUUCUAAGUUGUAACUCAGAGAGGCCAGAAAGAUGAAAAAGACCAACAUCCAACUGCCUAUGGUGAUGGAAGGGGUCCCAGAAUUGCUAGAGGAGCCCCAAGAAGUGGCAGAGGUGGCUAUAGAGGUGAUGGAUAUAAAAACGAUGGCUACAGAGGCAGAGGAUAUAAUAGAGGUGGAGACUAUGGUAAUAGAAACUUCGAUGAAAGAAAGAAUUCAUAGAAUGUCAAUUAGGAAGGUCAAGAAUGA